AUGAUGCCAGUAAACAAGGUGUUUAUUGAAACAGAAGAAUCGAUCUCUCCUUCCGCCGUUUCCAACGGCAAGGAAAAAGAAGAAUCAUCUGGUCCGUACUGUAAUUGGUCAAGAAAAGCAGUUGAAGCGACGGUUUCUCCUUCUCCAGAAACCUGUAAGAAGAGUAAUUCAACUGGAUUCUCAAAGCUAUGGAGAUUUCACGAUCUGCUCAAUCGAAGUAACAGUGACGGAAAAGACGCGUACGUUUAUCUUAACGGAUCUGCAUCUCGUUCGAAGGUGAUAUCGUCGGAGAAGAGGCAGGUCGCCGCCGUUUCUUCUUCCGCCUCCGCCGGAGAGAAAAUGAAACCGAAGACGAAGAAAGGUGUGAAAACGGCGGCGGCGAAAGCUCAUGAGAAAUACUUAAGAAGUAAAGAUAAUGAUCGACGACGGACGUACUUGCCUUACCGGCCGGAGCUUAUGGGAUUCUUCACUAACAUCCAUGGCGGCAUGACCAGAAACGUACACCCAUUCUAG